AUGCCCGAAAUGAGAUUGCCCUCGACAUCGGUCUAUGAAGAAUUUAUUAAUGCCCGAAAUGAGAUUGCCCUCGACAUCGGUUAUGUUGCAGCAAAUAUACCCAAAAGAAUGGAAUGUCACAAAUGCUCCGGAAUUUUGGAACGUGACGAGAUGGCUGUUAUAGCACCAAAGUUAGGCGAAUCAACUGGUUGGCAUCCAGCGUGUUUCACCUGUACCACCUGUGAACAGCUCCUUGUUGAUUUGACAUAUUGUGUGAAAGAUGAUCAAAUCUAUUGUGAGCGUCACUACGCCGAAUUGCACAAGCCACGUUGUGCUGCUUGCGAUGAGGUACGAUAG